GGGGGCUAACCCAUAGCUUCGAAUUUCAAUUUCUCUGCCAUUCUCAAAGGCAAACAAGAAUCUUUCAAUAAAUCAAUCCAAAAUAUUUUGUUUGUGAAAUAUGCAGUCAUUUGGUGAAGUGCAAUCAAUGGCUUCCAAUAUAUUUUCAGCCUACGCAUCUGUUGCAGCAUCAAUGAUGCUGUUCCGAUCCAUGGCACAUGAUGUUAUCCCCGAGCCUUUAAAAUCGUACAUUAUUUCUGCUUUCACUCGGAUUUUCAGCUAUUUUUUCGCUCCGUUAUCGACCCAAAUCACGAUGGUGGUGGACGAGAACAGGGGCAUGACGCGCAACCAAAUCUACGAAUCUGCGGAGAUUUAUCUACACACGAAAAUCAACCCAAAUACUAAGAGAUUCAAGGUAAGCAAGAAUCCCAAGAAGAAAAGUAUCAGUUUAAGUAUGGAGAAGGAUGAAGUUGUAACUGAUACUUAUAACAACAUUGAGCUCACAUGGCAGUUUGUUUUGGAAGUGCCGGAAAAUUCAAAAAAUCGUUUCCAGUCGGAAAAAAGGUACUUCGAACUCAGUUUUGAUAAGCAGCAUAGAGAAACCGUAUUGAAGGAGUAUUUGCCUUUUGUUAUGCAAAAGGCCAAAGAACUUAGGGAAAAAGACAGGAAUGUGAAAUUGUACACAAGGGAUUGUCCAUAUUCUGACUCCGAUGAUGAUGAUGAUGGGAGAAAUGUAAGUGGGGUUUGGGGCUGUGUGAAUUUGGAUCAUCCUGUGACUUUUGAGAAAUUGGCAAUGAACCCACAAUUGAAAGAACAAAUUAUUGACGAUUUGGACAGAUUUGUGAGGAGAAAAGAGUAUUAUAAGAAAGUAGGAAAGGCUUGGAAAAGAGGGUAUCUUCUUUAUGGGCCUCCCGGGACUGGAAAAUCGAGCUUGAUUGCAGCGAUGGCGAAUUACUUGAAGUUCGAUAUCUAUGAUUUGGAGCUUACAAGUUUAUAUUCAAAUGCUGAAUUGAAAAGGACUUUGCUUUCGACUGCCAAUCGAUCGAUUAUUGUGAUUGAAGAUAUUGAUUGCAACGCUCCCAUGCUCAACCGGGAUGUUGAGCCUGAACCUUCUGAUGAUAAGUUAACUCUUUCGGGUUUGCUCAACUUCAUGGAUGGACUAUGGUCUAAUUGUGGAGACGAACGCAUCAUAAUUUUCACAACGAACCACAAGGAGAAGAUCGAUCCUGCCUUGUUACGUCCCGGUCGAAUGGACAUGCACAUUCACAUGUCUUACUGUACGCCUGCUGGAUUCGACGUCCUGGCAUUGAAUUAUUUGGCAAACCAUGAUCAUCCGAGGCUUUUUCCCGAGAUAAAGGACCUAAUCCAGGAAGUACAAGUCACUCCAGCAGAAAUUGCAGAACACUUGAUGAGAAAUGAGAAUGCUGAACCAGCACUUGAAGGUGUGGUUGAUUUGCUUAAGAGAAAAAAGGCUGAGGCUAAUGAAGAGAACAUUAAUAAGAAGGCAAAGGCUGGAAUUGAAGUUAAAGGAGAAGCAAAAAAGGAGGCGAAAAUGGAGAAAAUUGUUAAAUCUUUAAAAAGCUUUAGGAAAAAUUCGAGAAGAGGAAAGAGCAAAAGAAUGUGAUGAUGAGAAAAAUGAUAUUAUCUAGUACUAAUGAUGCACCGCACUUGAUAUGUUCAAUUAAACAAAGUACAUGGUAUUGUAUUUAAAUGAAUUUAUUAUUAAUGUUAUAUAGUUGUCGUACAAAUUAAUUCUUGCUAUUGGUGGUAUUGUUCGUAGUAAAAAUUAUCGAUAAUCGUCUUAGGUAUUAUAUAUGUAAUGAUUAGUGAUUUAAUGCA